AUGGGAACGCAGAAGGCUACCAAAGCUCCACCCCCGGACAGCAAUGUUCCCGUCGGAGCGGAGUUAAACAACAACAGCAGGAAAAGGACCUACACUAAGAGCGGAGACAAACAAGAAAAAGUCAAGAAGCCGAGGCACAGCAAUGAGAGUAGGAAGAAUAUGAGUCCACGCGAAGCUAACCCCACCACGCCGUUGGAACCAGGGAAAGUGAUGUCAGACGAGCAAGUAGCAAAGAAUCCUCGUAAAGGAAAGAAUCCAGUCGUGCCCAGAGAGAAAACCAGAAUGACAGAAGACAGCAGCAAAGGUACUUGCUCUAAUGACAACCAGAUGAACCCACACCUUUUAAGCAGUCCCCAAGAGCAAAACCCGACGGAGAAAGCCAGCGCCGAUCACGUGCAGGAGCACGGCACAUCCGACCACAUUCUCGAACAGCUACCGACCUCAAUCAAUCUUCAAAGAGCUGGAGCCGAAGCCAAAGAUUCUGCCUUGAAGAUCGGUAAUGGCUGUUCAUCUAAGGAUAAGCCCGUAACAAAAAACCGGCAUGACACUGUUGGAGUAGCGGGUGACAAGCCGCCUCAAUCAACGAAGACAAGGGGCAGGACCAAGGGGUCAACAAAAAAGCAAGAACCGCCAAAUGUUGAGACAUCUGAUACUCGUUCAGAGAAACAUAAUUGUUCCAGGGGAUCAACACCUGCAAGCAAUAAUAUUCACGAACCACCACAGGGCGACGAUUAUCCGACAAAAAUCGAUCACCAUGAACAAGAGAACGUGCGGGAUGAAGAUAUGCCCAUCAUUUGUACGUUAUCGUCACAGAACGAAGCAUGUACAAAUGCAGGGCCAUCCUCCUGUGUGGCAGCUCCUCUAUCCGUGUCCACAGCUGACAGCCAUCGUCUGGCUGUAUCUGGUCCUUCCGAUGAAGGCACUACAAUCAGUUCGACGAGAAAAAUGUCUGCAGACGAAAGCCGGGAAACAGAUGAAGAGGCUGCUUGUGGAAUAGACGCUACUAAACAAAAACAGUUGUCGGUCGAACGUCGUCCCGAGCCGGAGAAGGCUGCAGGGGAAGGGGACAGAGUUAUCACUACCACUGCAAAGAAGACACAGAAGGGCAAUCGAGGAGCUGCAGUGAAGGGGCAGAAGACGGACAAGAACGAAAACAUGAACCACGUAGUCCCACCGUCUGACCGAAUCCUCUGCUACAUGAAAGAGCAAAACCGUCCGUACAACGCCCAGAUCAUUUUUGAUAACCUCCAAAAAUCAAUAAAAAAAGCAGAUGUCGAAAGAAUUCUCGACGAGUUGACGACGCAAGGCUCGCUGAUUGUCAAAGAUAUCGGGAAAAUGAAAGUUUACAUGUACGAACAGUCUCAGUUUGGAGACAAGAUGACGCCUGAGGAGAUGAGUACAGCUGACGGGCAAAUUAGUGCGCUUAGGGAGGAGAUCCAACAACUCGAAGCCGAGAUGAAAGUGCUAAAGGCAACUCUAAGCAGGCGUGAAGCUGAAACUGCGGCGGUGGCACUAAGUGAUUCCGUCCAGAAUGAAAUAGACGAGUUGAAGCUGCUGCUGAAGAGUGCGGCUACAGGAGAUCGGAGCACACUGCUCCUGACAGCCGAUGAAAUUAAUAAAACGAAGGUGUCGCACCACGUGAUGCACGCUGAAUGGGCACGCCGAAAGAAGAUCUGCAUGGAGCUGCUGGGUCAGAUCUCCGAGGCAACGGGGCACACUGUGGAUGAACUAGUGGAGCGGUUAGGCGUAGAGAUAGACGAGGAUUACAUCCCCGACGAAGCAUAUAAAUGCUACUCAUGA